CGGAGGAGACCACCCACCACCACCCACCCCCCACACCCGCGACCGGCGCAGCGAUGGCGAAGACCGGCGACCCGGCGGACAUGGCGAAGACGGCCUUCCUGGACGACGACUUCGAGUCGUCGGUUGACUUGUACUCCCGGGCCAUUUACUCCAGCCCCGGGAGCGCCGAUCUGUACGCCGACCGCGCCCAGGCCCACAUCAAGCUCGGCAAGUUCACAGAGGCCGUUUCCGAUGCAAAUAAGGCGAUCGAAUUGGAUCCUUCUUUGGCCAAGGCAUACCUGCGAAAAGGUUCCGCCUGUAUGAAACUUGAAGAAUAUCAUACUGCCAAGGCAGCUCUCGAAAUAGGUACUUCUCUGUCGCAAGAUGCUUCGAGAUUCACCAAGCUAAUUGAAGAAUGUGAGAAGUUCAUUGCAGAGGAUGUAAGUGAUGAGAAGGCACAUGUUGGUGCCCCGCCUUCCUCUGUCACUGCCCUGCCAUCUGAUCAAAAUGCUGAAGCAGAUGAAGAAAUGGAGGAUGAGGACAGCAUGGUACAGCAGGUUAAUGCAGUUGAACCAGUCAAGCCCAAAUUCAGACAUGAAUUUUACCAGAAACCAGAUGAAGUUGUUGUGACAAUAUUUGCGAAGGGUGUUGCACCAGAGGAUGUACUUGUUGAGUUUGGUGAACAGAUUCUAAGCACGAGAAUCAAUGUGCCCGGUGAAGACGCUUAUUACUUUCAAUCUAGAUUGUUUGGCAAGGUAAUACCUGAAGAGUGUAGAUACCAAAUAUUAUCAACGAAAAUUGAGAUCCGUCUUGCAAAAGCUGAAGCAAUCCAAUGGAAGUCUCUUGAAUAUAGCAAAGAAGCUACAGUUGCGCAGAAAGUCAUUGUGCCAUCUGCUGGACCAAACAAACCUGCAUAUCCAUCUUCGAAAAAUAGAGCUGCAGACUGGGACAAGCUGGAAGCCCAAGUCAAGCAGGAGGAAAAGGAUGAGAAGCUUGACGGUGAUGCAGCUUUGAACAAGCUUUUCCGAGACAUAUUCCAGAAUGCAGAUGAAGACGCGAGAAGAGCUAUGACAAAAUCAUUUGUCGAGUCUAACGGGACAGUCCUCUCUACAAACUGGAAGGAAGUGGGCGCAAAGAAGGUCGAAGGUAGCCCUCCCGAUGGUAUGGAGCUGAGGAAAUGGGAAUACUAAGUCAGCUGUGGUGGAUCACCUGCAUCAUGCUCGUCAAUUUGCUGUACAAGAACAUCGUCCUUCAUUCAAAAUGGUCACAUCAUGUCUAUUGGUCGCAAAUACCUUCUCUUUCCAACUAUGUUGCUUCUUUGGUAGUGGAUCUAUGAACGCUAGUGAUGCAUAUUGGUCGUGUCCUCUGUUUGCAUUUUGCUUGUUGUCUUUGGCAGUGAGGAGUCUGUAUUUUCACGUGAACGUGGUAAAGACUAUUUGGAGUUCCUAUGUUUUUUGCCGUUUGUCGUCCGUGAAUUGUAUAAAAAUUAGUUCGCUUUUCAUGUCA